AUGAGCGGGAACAAGGCUCAACGUGUUGUGAUGGAGCUAUUCGCGGAUGUGGUUCCGCGUACAGCGGAGAACUUCAGAGCGCUUUGCACGGGGGAGAUGGGAGAGGGCAAGUUCACGCGCAAACCGCUCCAUUUCAAGGGCACCGUCUUCCACCGCGUCAUACCGGGCUUCAUGGCGCAGGGUGGCGAUUUCAGCAACAAGGACGGCACGGGAGGAGAGAGCAUUUAUGGCGGCAAGUUCGCAGACGAGAGCUUCAAGCUGCCGCACGCGGCAGCGGGGACGCUAUCCAUGGCUAACGCGGGUCCCAACACGAACGGCAGCCAGUUCUUCCUCACCUUCAAAGCCACUCCGCACCUCGACGGCAAGCACGUGGUGUUUGGGCGAGUGGUGGAGGGAAUGGAGGUGGUGCGCGCCAUGGAGAGCCAGCCCACGGGGGACAGGGACCGCCCCGUGUUCCCCAUCAAGAUCACCAAGUGCGGCCAGCUGCCUGCUGCUGCUGUUGCUGCUAGCGGCGGGAAGAGCGGGAAGAAGGCGCGAGGAGAGGAGAAGGAGAAGGGCGAGGAGGAGGACGAGGAGGAGGAAGAGGGUGGGAAGGGAGGGAAGGGCGGGAAGAGCGGGAAAGGGAAGGAGAAAGAGAAGGAGAAGAGGAAGGAGGAGAAAGGGAAGAAGCGGCGACGGGGAGAGAGUUCUGAGGAAGAGAGUGAGGAGGAGGAAGAGGACGAGGAGGACGAGGAGGAGGAAGAGGAGGAGAAGGGGCGUAGCAAGGGAAAGAAGAAGAAGGGCGGUGGGAAGGGAGGUGGCAGUAAGGGAAAGGGCAAGAAGGCAAAGAAGGGAAAGCAGGGGAUGAAGAAGAAGCGUGGGAAGGACGGUGGGAAGCGUGGGAGUAAGAGGAGGAGAAAGGAUGAGUGGAGCAGUGACGAGAGCAGUGAAAGUGACUCUGACGAGUCGUCUUCUUCUGAUUCUGAUGCUAGUUCGGACUCCCGAAGCAGCUCGUCAGGCUCGGAAGGCUCAUCGGAUAGCCGAAGCUCAGAGUCAGGCUCGGAGUCUGACAGCAGCAGCUCUGAUGGGAGUGAGAGGAAGAGGAAAAAGGGAAAGGGGAAGAGGGUUGGGAAGGGGAAGGCUCGUGGAAAGGGGUCUGGUAAGAAGGAAGAUGAAAGGAAGGGGAAGGGAUCUGUGAAGGGCAAGGGGAACGACGGAGGGGAGAAAAUUAAGGGCAAAGGGAAGCAUGGGAGUGGGAGGAAGGAUGACGGUUACUGGGAGGUGAAUGAGGACGAGGAAGGGAAGGGGAAGGGGAAGGAUAAGGAGAAGGGGGAGGGGAAGGGGAGGGAGAAGGAAAAGGAGAAGGGGAAGAAGGCGAGGAAGGACGAGGAGAUGGGAGAUGGCAAAGAGGAGGAACUGAAGGUGCAGGGGUCGAAGGGUAAACGGCAAGAGGAGGAUGAGAGUGAGGAUGAGCAGAGAAAGGGGAAGGGGCAAGGUCGGGGAAAGGAGGAGGAGGGGAAGAAGGGAACGAAGCAGGUCCAGGAGAAGGGCAGAGGCAAAGGGGAGAAGGAAGGGCGAGGAGGAAAGGGCAAGGGAGGGAGCACGAGCAAGGGGAAGAAGAAGAGGUAUGAGAGGGUGUGCGGAUGGGGAGGGGAGGGGGAGGGGAAGGGAGGGAGAGGGGAAGGGGAAGAAAGGGGGGGAGGGGGAGGGGAAGAAAGGGGGGGAGGGGGAGGGGAAGAAAGGGGGGGAGGGGGAGGGGAAGAAAGGGGGGGAGAGGGAGGGGAAGAAAGGGGGGGAGGGGUAGGGGAAGCAAGGGGGGGAGAGGGAGGGGAAGAAAGGGGGGGAGGGGGAUGGGGAUGGGGAUGGGGAUGGGGAUGGGGAUGGGAGGGGAAGAGUGGGGGGAAGGGCCACGGGGUCAAAAAGGUUGAGCAGGAGUCGGGAAAGCGAGACGGGAAGGAGAAGGGUGACAAGGGAAAGAGCAGUCAGAAGAAUCGAGCAGAGAGGAAGCAGAGCAGUGGCGGGCGCAAACCCCAGGCACAAGAGAUGGAGGCAGAGCGUGAGACAGAGCGUGAGGAGGAAGGUGGGAAAAGGAAGGCCAGAAAGCUCUCAGGAAAGGUUGAUUCGGACGCAAGGGAAGAUGGAGUCGGUGAUCGGGGGGAUGAGGGAAGGGCAGAGGCGAGGCGAGAGGAGGCGGGUAGCGAUUACGAUAGCGAUAGGCCAAGAGGGAGAGCUGGGAGAGAGGAUAAGGACGCUGCUGGUGAGAAGAAGGCAAGGAGGAAGGGGAGUGAGAGGAUGAAAGGGGAUGGUGGGAAGGAAGAUGUUGUGGAGAAAGGGGUUGUGGAGGAGGGUGGAGCGGAGCAGGAAGGAGGUGUGGUGGAAGAGAGGCGUGAAAAGGUGAGGGUGGAGGGAGGAGGCAAGGGGAGGCGGGGAUCUGGUAGAGGGAAAGCUGAGUAUAACGAGGAGGAGGAGGAGAAGGAGAAGGAGAAGAAGGGGGGGGACCAGGUGGAGGAAGAGGAUUGGGGUGGGGAUGUGGAUAGGAUGGCAAUGGAGACAGACAGGGGCGUGGGUGGAGGAGGAGAUGGAGGACAGGGAGGGAAGGCGAGCAGGGGAGAUGGUGCAGGCAGAGGGAGGCUGCUGAAGGGAAGCAGCGGCGCAAGAAGCAGGUCACGUUCCCGCUCUCCUCAUCGUUCCCCCGCUCCCCAGCGAUACCGCUCCCCCGCCCGUUCCCGCUCUCCCCUCCGCUCCUGUUCUCCCCGGAAGUACCGCUCCCCUCCUCACUCCCGCUCGCCUUCCCGUUCCCCGACCCCUCCUCCACGCAAGCACGCUGCUGGGAGUGUGCAUGACAGGCUGGGUUCAGAGGCAGGGGCUAUGGGGGCGGGUAUGGGGAGGGCGGAAGGGGGGAUGGCUACAGCAGAGGGAGGCUUUAUGGCCGCAGCGUCCCUCCCACCCUAUCGUCCCUCCCACCCUAACCUCCCUCCCACCCUAACGUACCAGUCUCCUUCCAGCCGUAGCACCUCAUACAGCCGUAGCCGCAGCCGCACCCGCAGCCGAAGCCGCAGCCGCAGCUACACGCCUCCCCGUGCACGCACCACCACCGCCACACGUGCCCGCUCCCCCAGCCUCUCUCUCUCGCCCCCUCCCCGUCGCUCUGCCCGCGACAAGCUCACCACCCGCAAUGCCAGCCCCCACAUGGCACCAGCUGAGGCUGCUGCUGACAGUGGGGGUGGUGGGGGUGGUGGUGGUGGUCUGACCACUGUGAGGCGGGCAUGUGGCACUGCAGGAUUGGAUGGGGAGCAGGGAGGGGGUGGUGGUGGCAGGGGCGGCGAGGGGUCCGUAGCGGCAGCAGCAACUGCAGGAAAUGCAGGAGGAGAUGCAGGAGUGGGGACAGUAGCUUCCCCGUCUCCUGUGGGAAUGAGGUCUCCCAAGGAGACCAGUGGAGGUGGUUCUGGCUUGGGGAAUGCUGCUGAUGCAGGUGCUGAUGGUGAGCGGUCAGUGCGACUAGGUGGCAGGGAGGGUAGGCUGAGGAGGCAGAGGGAGGAUGAUGAGGAGGAGGAGAGCGAUUGA